UCAAAUAUUGUUACAUUAUUAUCUCGUUAUAUUUUAUUAUUUUGUAAUUCGAAGGCAUUUUUUAAAUAAAGUAUGAGUAACCAAGAAGACACUGUAAAAACAGCAGUGAAUAUGUGCUUAAAAGUCAUAAAAAUGUAUGAAUGGCUCUUGAAUCUCUAUGUUUUGGAUUUCUUUGUUGACAAUCAUUGGAUGAAACUACCAAUGUCAUGGCAACGAUGUUUUGGAGAUAUGGACCCAAAAGAUUUGGGUGAUAUUAUAAAUGGGGAAAAAACUAAAUGUAUAUUACCUUUGUCUUUCUUAGCUUUGUUAAAAGCCAUUACGAGUCUUAACAUACCCCGCACUGGUUCAUACAAAUAUACAAUACUUAAUCAGGAAUUAGAGCGUAAUAUAGGCCACCCUAAACUAAAAAACUUAUAUUUAAAACAUGUUAAAUUAAAAAAAAGGCAUGAAAUCAGUUUGAUGUCUGAUUUCGUAUAUAGUAUGGCUAUAAAGAGUAAGUGUAAUACAGUACUAGAUUUUGGAUCUGGAUUGGGACACCUAGUAAGAAUACUCAACUAUAAAUAUAACUUAUCAGCCGUGGGAAUUGAAAUGCAGACACAGUUGACAGAGGAAGCUAGAAAACUUGAUUUGGAAUUUGAAUAUACUGCCAAAAAACAUUUAACAGAUGAAUGUAUGACCAACCUUGUUAGACCAACACAUUGCAAUGUCACAUUGACGUCAUUAGAUCAGUUGCAUCAGAUAUCAUUACCAAAAAAUGCUAAAAGGUAUGGUUUAAUUGGUCUUCAUCCAUGUGGAGAUUUAGGUCCAUUAUUGAUUAAACACUUUGUUAAAAGUAACAAGGUGAAGUUUAUAUGUGUUGUUGGUUGCUGUUACAUGAAGUUAUCAUGCAAUAAUGAACCUUGUGGUUACCCAAUGAGCACAUAUGUGAGGGAGUUAGAUAAUUCACUGACUUAUGUUAGUAGAGAGAUAGCUUGCCAUGCAAUAGAGACAUACUGCCAAAAGUUAUGCAGAGGUGACUAUAAAGAUUUAAAGGUACAUGCCUACAGAGCUGCUUUAGAAAAAAUAUUGGUUGAAAUGGAUCCAGAAUUCAAGCAUAUGCCAAUCAGAAAUGUGAAGCACACCAAUGACAUGUCAUUUGAAAGCUAUUGUGAAGCAGCUCUUCGACAUUCUCCUCUCCAGUCAUUGCAAACUAAAAAUUUAGAGGAGGAAUUGAAGCAAUGGAAACGCGUAGUUGUUUUGUACACGUUGCGCCUCAUGAUCGCCCCACUUGUCGAAACUGUCAUCCUUUUGGACAGGCUGUUAUAUAUUUUAGAACAUGGUAUACCCUGUGCAAUAUAUCCCGUCUUUGAUCCGAAGAUAUCUCCACGCAAUCACAUAAUUGUUGGAAUAAAGUCUUAAUUUGUAAUAUUAUAA